CCAUUGCGCGACUGGGGGGAGCCUUUAAAGAAGGCGACGAGAAGGCCGAAGGCACAAACGAGAGAUGCAAGAAAACCUGAAGAAGCCUAUCAACUCGUGUUUCAGGAGUUUAAAAAUGCUAGAACCAUCCAGAAAAGGAAAUUUCCUGAGGUUUCGAGUGUUCCUAGGGUAUGUCUCCACCCGGACUCGAGACGCAGGUGGUACCUCCCGGAAGUCGGGGCGGAGACUGCGGCUGCGCCGCUCGCGAGAGGGCAGCGGUCGCGCAGCUGGCCACUUCCGCACUUCCGCUUUCCGGCCCAGCCAGCGCCCGAGAUGACUGCCACUCUCCGCCCCUAUCUGAGUGCCGUACGGGCCACACUGCAGGCUGCCCUCUGCCUGGAGAACUUCUCCUCCCAGGUCGUGGAACGACACAACAAGCCUGAAGUGGAAGUCAGGAGUAGCAAAGAACUCCUGUUACAGCCCGUGACCAUCAGCAGAAAUGAGAAGGAAAAGGUUCUCAUUGAGGGCUCCAUCAACUCUGUCCGGGUCAGCAUCGCCGUGAAACAGGCUGAUGAGAUUGAGAAGAUUUUAUGCCACAAGUUCAUGCGCUUCAUGAUGAUGCGAGCAGAGAACUUCUUUAUCCUUCGAAGGAAACCGGUGGAGGGUUAUGACAUUAGUUUUCUCAUCACCAACUUCCACACAGAGCAGAUGUACAAACACAAGUUGGUGGACUUUGUGAUCCACUUCAUGGAGGAGAUCGACAAGGAGAUCAGUGAGAUGAAGCUGUCAGUCAAUGCCCGUGCUCGCAUUGUGGCCGAGGAGUUCCUCAAGAAUUUCUAAACCAUCUGGCUGGAUCUCGUGGCGUUCCCCCCACACUCCCCGUGUCUCUGCGAAGGCGUCCUGGAGCAGCGGCGACGGGGAGCUGGGUCGGGUGGGCGUUGGCUGUGGGAGGGGGUGGCAAGCUUGCUGCCUGGGCCAGAAAGCAGCAGUGGACCUGCCCAACGGCCGCACGUGCCUGGUCAGGCUGGCUUCUGAUGUUCAGUCCCCUGGGCUGGGACGGAUUCUUUUUUUAACGUCUUGAAACUUAAACUCUGUGCUUGUAGGAGACUGUAGCCUUUUUGUCUUUUUUUUAUUAUUAAACAAACAGCCUCCACCUCCAGUGGCUGUGACUGGUCCCGGUGAUUGUACCUUAUUGGUCGCUGUGGGUCUGGGCAGGCCUGGAGCCAGAAGGCGACUACCUUUCCUCCCCCGUGUCACCCCAGUAUCACCCCAGUCGGGGGAAGGAGGUCCAGACUCCAGUUCCUCUCCCAGGCCUUUGUAUUCCCAAGCCUGCUUGGGCCUGGCCUACGUGGUGGGGCCCCUCUGCCAGCUUCCUGAGCUCUGCCUGAAGAUGGCCCCCCAGCACCACUUGGGGACAAAGGCUGAAUCGGGGACCACUAGUCAUGCCUAGGAGCUGGGGCUCCAAAGCCAGGCAACCUCCGGCUGUAGGGCCAUUUGGUGCCCUCCCCGCUGAGGGGCCACCUUCGGCCGUGGCCGGCAGUGCAGUGCCCGCACCGCAGGCGGAGAGGUGAGUCCUCCCCGGCACUUCCCGGCCAGGCCCCUCCUCCCUCUCUGGCUCCUCUGCGCCCACGCUCGCUGUCCCUUUUCUGACUCUGCUGGAUCCUCCUUCCCCUAAUUAAAGUCUCUUCUUGCCCCUUUGGGGCUGCAUGA